AUGUUUCUUCCGCGCUCCCUCCUCUCCAAGCUCUACCUCCACCUCCAAAGCACCCGCCAUCCGCUCUCGCCACCGGUACUCGUACUCGUUGCUCUCGAGCCUGACGCGCUAUGUGCCUGCCGCAUCCUGACCCGCCUCUUCAAGCAUGACUACAUCCCGCAUAAAAUCCAGCCGGUCGCAGGCUACGCCGACCUCGAGCGUGCCGGGCGGGAAUUGGUCGGGCCGAUGACCGAGUCCCGCGGCGGCCCGGGAGGCGUGGUGGUCUGUCUUGGGGUUGGGGGGAUGGCAGACAUCGGGACGCUGUUUGGACUGGAGAGUGAGGAUGAGGAGGAAAAUGCCGUGGCCGGGGUAAAUCAUAACAGCUUUGGCGGGGUCGAGGUAUGGGUGGUGGAUGCGCAUCGGCCGUGGAAUUUGGGGAAUGUGUUUGCUGGGUUUCCUUUAGAACAGGAAACAGAGGUCGCCACAACGUUAGUGGCCAGAACGCCAGCAGGUAUUACCGGGGGACGUAUCGAGAGGGCAUACCGGCCGGGAAAAGGUGGAAUUGUGGUCUUUGACGACGGUGACAUUGAGGACGAGCUUGAGAAAGAGAAGGAGGCGUAUUUGGCGCUGGUGGAUAUGCCAGACGUCGAGGAUGACGGUGAAGAUUUGGGGGACAGCGAGGACGACGACGACGAUGACGACGAAAGUGACAUUCAGGAGCCGCCGGUUGCGAAACCACGGGCUGGACAGAAGCGAAAAUCGUGGGAUUUCCUGGACGAGGACAGCGAAGAGGAAGAUGACCGUCCGAAGCAGAAGCGACGCAGCAAUUCGUCUACUCCCAUCCCGGAAUCACCUCAACGACCUGCCCAGCGCGGCCUUAUUUCACUGAGGGAUGAUGCGGUUUUUUCUAGUGACGGCUUGGAGCCCCCAAGCGCCGCUCAACCCUUGCGGGCACCGUCAGCACGGACACUCCGACGAAAACUCCUCCGUCUACGACGCAAGCACGAAGCCGUGUUGCGGGACUACUACCGUUUGGGCGCGUCAUACUCGGAACCCGUUUCUUCCAUGAUGUACUCUCUUGCCUCCGAACUCGGUCGCGAAGACAACGAUUUGCUUUGGAUGGCCAUCGUCGGUGUUACAUCCAUGGAGCUAUACGGCCGUUCCUCGGCUGGUGUCGCAGUCCCGGUCCGCGGCUCAGAAACACGCGCACCUACCGGGUGGAUGGGGAUGCGUGGUGCCAGGAUACGACAGCUCCUGCGUGAUGAAGUGAGGCGUCUGAACCCACCAGAAGUCGGGAACGGCCGGGUUUUGCCAGAGAACUCAGGCAUCAUCCCAACCACAGCACGUAGCCCCGAAGACACGAGCAUCCGCCUAUCGCCGGAGCCGAAGUUCCUUCUUAUCAGACACUGGAGUCUCUACGACAGCAUGCUUCACUCGCCUUACCUGUUCUCCCGCCUCAAGACGUGGAGUGAGACCGGCCUCAAGCGACUACACAAACUGCUCGCCAAGAUGGGCGUCAGCCUCGUCCAAUGCAAGCAGAGCUAUGCGCAUAUGGACAUGAUGCUCAAGCGGGAAUUACGCACCAAGCUUCUCAAAUACGCCUCCCUGUACAACCUCGACGAGCUUGUUCCCACCAUCGACACAGACGGCAAGGACCGCGGGGGAGCCAAAGAUGGAUGGGGCUUUGUCCGCAGCUGGGGCUGGCGCGCCACACUCAGCGCACAGGACGUAGGUGUCGUCAUCGGCGCCCUCCUCGAAGUCGGCAAGAACACGACUGCCUCUUCCUCUGACCCCAACGGCCCCUCUACUCAAUCCCAAGACUUCGCCGCCGCCGCAGCGUCCGUUGAACCCAUGAGCGAGGAAUGGCUCCCGCGCUUCUGGGAAGCCUACGAUGCACUGGAAGACAUCGAAGCGCUCAAAGCCGGCCUCCCGACCGCGCAGUUCCUCCACAAGGCCAUUUUCACCACCGGCACCACAAUCCUCAAGAAGAAGCAAAUCUCCCAUUUGCGCGCAUUCCGCAUGUGUGUCGUCAAGGAUGCUCCCGAUUCGACGCUGUUCCACCACCCUGGCGCGCUGACCAAACUGGCGCUGUGGAUCGGCGAAGCGCUCGCCGAACAGGAACGUGAAGCGGCCGGUGGCCGGUUGGCCCAGGGCGGACGCGGCACGCCCCUCGUCGUGGCUAGUCUGGACGAAAAGCGCGGGGUGUACGUCGUCGUUGGCACGGGAGGCGGUGGUGGGCCGGAUACGGCGUUUGGGGACCGGGAAGCGGCGAAAAGGCGGACGAAGGAGAAGGAAGAGAAAACGAAGCAGAAAGAGGAGGCGAAGCGGGUCAAGGAGAAACUGAAGGAGGAGAAACGCGAGGCAAGGAGGCGGUUGCGGGAGGAGAAUGGGGGGGGACCGGACGAGGAAGAUGAAGAGGAGGAGGAAGACGACACGGAGAGUGAGGACGAUAGUGACGAUGAUAGCGAUGCAGACGAUGACGAUCACGAGGCUGAUGCUACGCGGGAUAGGGGGUAUGGGCUGAACCGGUUUGGGACUGCGUUCCAGGACGUGGUGGGGGAGACGAAUGCACGUGUACGCAUCGACAGCUUUGAGCACUGUGUCGUGGAGGUCAAGAAGGAGGACUUAGGCGGGUUUUUGGAGAGCUUGAGUAUGAAGGUUGUUGUGGGGUGA